UUUCAAAAUUGGUUCAUGAUGUUAUUCAAAAAAACCCUAACAAUAUCCCAUUCCUUUAUGUACAAAAUCUUUUUCUUAUGCAAAAAAAAAUCUUUUUCCAAUCACUCUCUCACCACUGCGAUUCAAAUAUCAAAACCACUGCGAUUCAAGAAUCAAACAUCAAGUUCACGAUGAUGGAUGGAGCUUGAUGAUUUUCAAACGAUGCUUCAAGUUUUUCAUACGUUGAUUCUCAUUCUCCAAUUCCUAUCGAUUACAUAGAUUUGAUUUUUGAUUUUCGAACCACCAUCACUGACCCUAGUUUUUCAAACGUUGAUUCUCAUUCUCCAAUUCCUAUCGAUUACAUAGAUUCUCAAACGUGAUUCUCGAACCACCAUCACUAACCCUAGCUUUUCAAACGUGAUUCUUGAUUCUUGAAAGUCUCUAACUCCAUCACCGGCUAUAUCAAAGGACUUGGGAAACUCAGUUCUUGUCUAGUAUAAAGGUAUGUAUUUGACAAAAUACGUUCAAUUAUAUCCUUUGUUUCAUUCAAUUAUUUCCUUAAUUACACACAACAAGCUCCGUUAAUCUCUUUUCCUUUUCCAUGCCUCCUCUUCCGUCCUCCAUCUCGGCGUGAUCCGAAUCAUAUCCGAGCCACAUCGUCAAUCACAGUAUCUCCAACGGUGGUGGCGAUUGCAGCCGUAGAAUCAGCAACAGCAAUUGGUAGUUCCGACAGCGAUGGUCGUUAGGAUCAACGACCUGGUUGGGAAUGGAAUAUCAGGAAUACUACAGAAAUGGGUGAACUAUGGUAGAGGAUGGAGGCAUCGUUGGUUCCUGUUGCAAGAUGGUGUUCUCUCUUAUUACAAGAUUCAUGGACCUGAUAAGGUCGUAAUCAAUCCUGAAACCGAGAAGGGAUUCAAGGUUAUCGGUGACGAAUCCAUGCUUAUCAUCUCUAGCAACCGCAAUUCUCUCCACUCUCAACAUCAGCUAAAGGCUUUCUGUGAAAUCCAGCUCAAGGUUUCAACUAUUCGCGAGAGCAGAUCCGAUGAUAAACGGUUUUCCAUAUUCACUGGGACAAAGACACUGCACUUGAAAGCAGAGACUCCGAGUCAAUCCCGGGCGAUCUGGCGGGAUCCCAGCGUCGCGGAGCGGAGCGGUGCCUCACCGCUACGGGAAGGGUCAGAGCGGAGCGGUGCCUCACCGCUACGGGAAGGGUAAGAGCGGAGCACCUAAGCUUCUCGCCGGUUUCUCGCCGGGUUCUCGAUGGAGCGGAGCAGAGCGGAGCAGAGCGGUGCAGAGCGACAGGUCCAGAUCACGGUGUUGUUAAUGGGUUUUUAAGGACUUUUUUGGUGAGGAAGCUUGGGUUGGUCUUCACGAUCACUGGAAAAGUGACGAGUUCCUCAGAAUAUUUGUCUAGUACUGGGUGAAAUCUUAUAAUUUUGUAAUUGGGGAAAUCUAUGUUUCCCAUACUAUUUGUCUAGUACUGUAAUUGCUUGAAUUUUGUUUCAAGAUGUUACGUUAAAAACUUAUAAUAUUGUAAUUCUCAAAGUACUAUUGAGCUAAUUAGGUAGAGUAAGGCAACAAAACCACAUUAUUUAGUGGAUUGGUUGUACUUGCUUCAUUAAUGAGAUCAAUUUGCAGCUUCUGGCGACCUGUUUCCCGCAGAGCAAUCAAAGCGUAUUCUGCUUACCACAUUCUAAAAGGAUUGCAGAUGGCUCGGUACCGCUACUUGUUUGCGCUAUCAUGCUUUCAUAUGUGUCUUCUUAUUGAAGCAGUAGCAGCUGUAUGUCCCUGUAAUGACCCUGCUUCAGAGGUCCCUAAUGGUGCAGCAGGUCAUUACCUUCUUGGGCUUGUUUACAGGUUGCAAUAUGUUGUUUCUUCAUCUGACAUUUGCAUGUCCAUGUUCCAUAUCAUACAUACGUUCAUGGCAUGCCCGCCUUUACCAGAAUCAUCUUUAUUUAUGUAGAACUAUCGUAAACGAGAUCAUAACUUGAUAAACCACAAGGGCAUCACACUGACAAUCACCUGCCCUAUAUCCCCCCCCCCCCCCCCUCUCGAACACUCUCGCUUUCCCUUAACUUUUUGUGUUUCAUGUUAAUAGACAUUGUCUGAAAUCUGCUUACAGAUUUUGUUGAAAUAGAAAAUUAUUACAUGGAGCAGCUGCUUUUCUGUGUAUGUGAUAUUGAUAUUCUUUUUGCUAAACCGAACCUGUUUUGGUUGAC